CCUCAGCACUCUCCACCAUGUUCCGCACAGCUCUUCUCAGAUCUGCAAGGCAGGUUAUUCGCUCCGCGCCACGCUGCCAGGCGCCAAUUGCCCGUCCCAUUGCCAGAGGUUCCCUGGUCCAGAUUCAGCAGAUUGCUCCGUCCGCUCGUUUCCAGGCUGUACGAUGCUACGCCGCGUCGGCUGGUCUUUCAAGAGAAGAGGUUUUGGGCAGGAUAAUGGAUCUCCUUAAGAACUUCGAUAAGGUCACGGAUGUGUCCAAGCUGAACGCCGAGUCCCACUUCAAUAACGAUCUCGGGCUCGACAGCCUUGACACUGUGGAGGUGGUGAUGGCUAUCGAGGAGGAAUUCAGCAUUGAAAUCCCGGACAAGGAGGCGGAUGCCAUUCACAGCGUCAAGCAAGCAGUGGACUAUAUCCUGGCUCAGCCCGACGCGCACUGAGCAGUCUAGGGUGGAGAGCGUUGCUAGUUUCGAAGUAUGUGGCAGG